GAGACUUCCAAGAUUUGCAUAAGACAGGAAGGAACAAGCAGCGGGAAUGUUUCCUGUUUGCCACAAAACAGGUUUGUGCUGAGGCUGAGCAGCUUUAAGCGAAGGUUACGCUUCAACCCACCUGUAGAGAUCCUCCGUUUUCACUUGUUUCAGUGUGAAAAAUAAAAGAACACAUGAAUACUUCUACUGAGAAGCGUUUGCCACAUUAAGGAGGCCAAAGACACUUUUAAUUGGUAAAAUAAAAUUAAAAAAUGGACCCUUAUAAAGGGCCUUGUCCCCAUCAUAGCAUUCCUGUUGAAAUGGGUGAGACUCUGGACUUGGAACGGCUCCCCCCAUGUGAACAGUGUAACGCACACACAGAGACCGUCAAAAGGCUAGAGGCAUCUAAAUUCCCUGAGAACCAGUAUAAGCACCAGUUUCGCAUUAACUCCCCAGCAGCACCACUCUCGGGACACGUGAAUGCCCCAUUCAUGGAAGAUUUUUGGCAUGUUAGCCUAAGACAGAAAGUGCAGUAUAAGCAAGAACCCAUAGGCCCUUCAAGCCAGCACCGGAGCCACUCUGUGGACGAUGCAGAGUACUUGGAGCCCCCCCAACCGCUCAAAUCGGACUUCAACAGCAUCAACUAUGUUAAAAUGCCAAUUCCACAUAUGCCAUGCCACAUGCCAAUGCAGGGAAGCUGUCUGAAACAGCGCACGUGCUGCCCUCCAGCAAACCCGCGCGGACGCGAUAAUUAUUGUCAUCAAGACCCGGGUUACCCAGCAGCCCGACACCAGGAGCCUCAACCUCACCAGAAAAUGAAUCUCUCUCAAAAUGGGCAGCAACUUAAAGGUGCUCUUAAUGGUCACUGUGGUUCUGCGCCUCCCUAUGCAACACCUCCUCUAGACGUGAUGCAUGAGGUCAGCGUGGGUUGCUCCGACCUUGCAGGCGCAGGAUCAGGCACGAAGGAGAUCAGGAGGAUCAUCAGUCUUCCCGAGGAGUGCAGAAGAGUUUUUAUCACAUAUUCAGUGGACAUAGCCAAGGAAAUGUUCAUGUUUGUUAAAUUUCUCGUGGACCAAGGCUUUAGACCCUCACUCGACAUGUUUGACAGUUCAAUCCGAAGCAUGGGUAUCAACCAAUGGAUGGACCGUUUUCUGAAUGAUAAAUCAGUGCUGAUCAUUGUGGCCAUCAGCCCCAAGUACAAAGCGGAUGUGGAAGGAGAUGGAGUCGAUGAGCAUGGCCUGCACACCAAGUACAUCUACAACCAGAUUCAAAAUGAGUACAUCCAGCAAGGCUGCCUGAACUUCAGACUGGUUCCUGUGAUGUUUCCCAAUGCAGCCAAGGCUCAUGUACCCAGCUGGCUUCAGAGUACCAGAAUCUACCGUUGGCCCCAGGACACCCAGGAUUUGCUUCUGCGUCUCUUGAGGGAGGAGCGCUACAUCAUCCCACACCGGAGUGCUGACCUCACCCUCACGUUCCGUCCUGUCUGAGAGCAGUAAAAAGAGGACUGGGACAAAAUAUGUGGCAUAGUUAAAAUUGUUUACUUUACCCCAGAUUUACUGAUCUUUUACAGUGUUCAGUUAUAAACAAUCAAUGAAGUGGCACGUUUAACUUUUACAAGUAGAUUAAACGUACUUGUUUAUUUCCAGCAAAUCUGCUUUUACACUGGCCAAUCAGAGCUUUUGCUGCUACUUUGUAGGUUUCAUUUUGGUUUCUUAUUCUUUCCUUAAUAUACACUUCAAAUGAAUUUAACCAAAAUUUGUCUACAAGAAGGCAGAAAGGCUUUUUUCUAGCUUAUUAUAUUAGAAACAUUAGUACAUAUCUGAAGUUGUGAUUUUGUGCAUGUGAAAGAUCUGGCUUAGUCUUCACCAACACUUACAAAUAUCUGGAUAUUCAGCCACAUAAUUAUUUAUCUAAUCUAUUUUUUUCCUAACAGUGUACAGUUAAGUGCUGGGCAGGUACAGUGCUUUAAGAGUAAUCUCAAAACUGAGAAGCAUUAGUAUAUUUUGAGAAGUGUGUUUAUUUUAAAUAUCUUUCAGCUCACAAGGCAACGCAGGCCACUACUACUACUAAUGAUAAAAAAAAAAGCUAUAUAGAGAUAGAGAUAGAGAGAUAUAGAAAAUCAACCAAAAAAGGAGUGCUAAGUAGGACUGUAAAAAAAAAAAAAAAAAAAAAAGAACAUUCUGGAUGUAAAAUUGCAAAGCAUUUAGAGAAUUCAUGAUCUAGAGUAAAUAAAUAUCACUAACAUAUUUCUGUACAUAAUAGAAAAAGCUGAAAAUUGAUAUUGAGCGGCUAUGAUUUUCAAGAUGUGAUUCAGCGGUAGACUGCAUGGGCUAAGGAUUUGUUCUGAAAGAGUCCGUGGAUGUGAUAUCUGACUGCAUUUACAAAUGCACGUUCAAAAACCAUGCAAACGCACAGACCACCACUAUGAUCCAGGAAUACUUCUACCUUCUGGAGUAAAGAUGAGAGUGAACAUCCUGCUUGUUAUCAGCAUGCAGUUCAAAUGCCAGCACGUAUGAUGGUAUGGAGGGCAUUGGUCCGCAUAGCACCAAUGCCUGAACUGUUGAGCAGUUGAAAUCCUUCAUUAAGCAAAGAUUGUAAAAUAUUUUGCUUUCACAGCAACAUGUACUCCUGGGUCUCCCCCAGUAAACACAGUGUGUUGUUUUUAGAAAUGUACAGUAAAAAAAAUUCUGUUUCAAUAUUU